UAUUCAUCGGUAAGAGAGGAUUUUCAACCGUUGGAAACAGGAGGAGAGAAGAAGAACCUUCCCGUUUAUUUAGCAUCGACUGUUUAUGUUUGUUAAAGAAAACAAACGAGGAAAGUAAGGAAGAAAUAUUGAUAAUAACACUAUAGUCGAACUAAGAAGACUCAUCUUAAAGUUGCUUCUUCAUGACUGGUGAAGUGUUGAUCAAGAGAUCAUGGAGAACGAUGUGAGGGAGUGCAUCACCUCCCCUGUGACUGCAGGAGCUUCAGUCGGACCAGCGGUUUCACAGAGCAGAUCUGAGGAUGAGGAGACUAAUGCAAUGAAAAGAACGCCUACUCAGACCUUCAGUGGACCCGGAUUAAUUCCCAAACGCAGAAGCUCUUCCAGGUCAAUAAAGAGAAAAAAGUUCGAUGAUGAACUUGUUGAGAGCAGCCUGGCUAAAUCUACUAGUCGGGUCAAAGGGCAGCCAGUCAUUGAGACAAUCAGAUGCCCCGGGGGUGAUUUCAUGUCAAGUGACAAGAAGAAGGGUUUAAAGUCUGGUAGUUCUCUUACACCUCCUCUUACAAUGGUCAUCACGCCUUCAUCGAUGUCCAAACGUAUGAAGAAAAACAAGCAACCGUUACAGAUCACUAAAGACCUGGGACGCUGGAAAUCUACUGAUGAUCUUCUGCUCAUUAAUGCUGUCUUACAGACCACAGAUCUGACAUCAGUUCAUUUGGGGGUAAAAUUUAGCUGUCGUUUCACACUCCGAGAGAUUCAGGAGCGCUGGUAUGCUCUACUGUAUGACCCUGUCAUUUCAAAAAUGGCGUGGCAGGCCAUGAGGCAGCUUCAUCCAGAGGCCAUCGCAGCCAUUCAGAGUAAAGCUCUCUUCAGUCAGGCAGAGGAAACUCUUCUUGCCAAAAUCAUCUCUAGCAGUCAGCCUAAGAUGGAGGUUUUUCAGGAUUUGCUAAACAAGCACCCCAGUGUGUUUUACCCGUCCCGUACAGCUAAGAGUCUCCUGAUCCACUGGCAGCUGCUUAAACAGUAUUAUCUACUGGAGGAUCAGAGCGUUCAACCUCUGCCUAAAGGAGAGCAGGUGUUAAAUUUCUCUGACGCAGAGCAGGUGGUCGAUGAUGCCAAACUCAAGGACAGUCGAGAUGAAGUCCUGGAGCAUGAGCUGAUGAUUGCAGACAGACAUCAGAAGCGUGAGAUCAGACAGCUGGAGCAGGAACUUCCUCGCUGGCAGGUGUUAGUGGACAGUAUUACAGGCAUGAAUUCACCAGACUUUGAUAAUCAGACGCUGGCAGCUUUACGCGGGAGGAUGGUCAGAUAUUUGAUGCGUUCAAGAGAGAUCACCCUUGGACGUGCUACUAAAGACAAGCAGAUAGAUGUGGAUCUGUCUUUGGAGGGACCUGCGUGGAAAAUCUCCAGAAAACAAGGAAUCAUCAAACUGAAAAAUAACGGGGAUUUCUUUAUCGCUAAUGAAGGCCGGCGACCCAUUUACAUUGAUGGCAGACCUGUUUUAUCUGGAAACAAGUGGAAGCUCAAUAACAACACUGUCAUGGAGAUUGCAGGUCUUCGUUUUGUGUUCCUUAUCAACCAGGACUUAAUCUCUCUUAUAAAAGCUGAAGCUGCUAAGAUGAACCAGCCGUAAAGCUGAACCUUCUUGUCCCGCUCACGGGCAGUCAAUCGUGUCUCAGUUUGGGACCACAGGAACACCGACAGGUUGUGCACUGGAGUCACCGGAGCCGUAGAUGCUCUGACCUACAUACUGCGGGAUUUGCAUACAAUAUUACACCUGAAGCUAAGACUGGAACUGACCAAACAUUUGGAGACUUGAAAAUAUAAUGUCAAUAUGUUCCUGUUAGAUACAAUUAACAACAAGCAAUGAAGAACAAACAAACAGAUUAUUUGAUCUUCUUGUCACUGCUUGUUAGUGGUAGAAGUUUGUUUCUUUCUUUGUUUGUUUGUGUAAGUUACAUUUGACACUUCAUGUCUUUU